AACAAAAUCGAAAGGGUCAAGGUUGAGUUCAAAACAAUUCACAUAAAAUAAUAAGAUUAUAAACUCCCCAUAAAUGGUUCUUGGUGGGAGAUUUCAACGAUAUUUCUCCGGCUUUCUCGUCCAGUAUAUAAAGUGAAAGAAACUGGCAACAAUUUCAUAGUGAUUCUUUACACUGCCGGUGGUGUUGUGCGUUUCAAUCUACUUCGAGGAAAAAAUGUAUACUCAAAUUGUUUGUUUGGCGACGAUUCUUAUAAUCGGAGUUACUUCGCAAAAUUACGAGAACCUGCCCGUUACUCAAUCCUGUUUGGGAUGCAUCUGUGAGGGAAUAUCCGGUUGUAACGUAACAAGUUCUUGUUCAGGAGACGUUUGUGGCCCAUUUAGAUUAACCUGGCCGUAUUGGUCCGAUGGUGGAAAAUACACCGUUAAUAAUGAAUCCCCAACAUCACCAACGGCGUACAAAAAUUGCGCUUUAGACACUUAUUGUUCUGCGCUUUCCGUGCAAGGUUAUAUGUUAAAAUAUCAACAGGAUUGUAACAACGAUGGUGUUAUUAACUGCGAUGAUUACGCCUCAAUACAUGUUUUGGGAGGAUACGGAUGUGGAGGAGCUUGGCCGGAACAUUUCAGAUUAAGAUAUCAACAAUGCAAGAAUAUUGUGGGAUCGGUUGCUUAAAAAUUAUAAUUUAUUGCUAUAAUUAUAAUUGACAGGUUUGAGUUGUGUCAUUUGGGUUGCCUACAUCAUCAAUAAAAAAAAACUAAUUUUAUUUGAAA